GGGAAGCAUACAGAGGCAGAGGUACCCGGGAAAUAGAGGGAACAAAACAGAGACUGGGGGUUUUAUAAAUGGACAUGGAGGAUUCUGCUGGAGGUGCUCGUAAAGCCACCAAGAGUAAACUGUUUGAGUUUCUCGUCCAUGGAGUGCGUCCAGGGAUGACCUCAGGGGCACGGAUGCCCCAUCAAGGCGCUCCCAUGGGGCCUCCUGGACCUCCAUAUGGCGGAACACCACCAAUUCGACCAGGGAUGCCUAACCCAACCCUAGACCCCAGCCGAAAACGUCCUGCCCCAACCCAGCCAGUGCAACCUCUCCCCGUCCAGAACCGUCCCAGAAAGAAACCACUUGGAUUUCCAGCAACAAAUGAGAUAUCUGCAAGACAGAUGGACAUGAGAGACGCCCAAUCAGAUCCUUCAAUUGGAUCCUUCAAUGCCAAGAGAAGAAAAAUGGCAGACAAGAUUCUCCCUCAGAGGUGCCAAGUCAAGAGUGAUCACACGGUACAGGGGAGCGUCAGGUUACAAUUUUCGUCUUUCUUUAAGAGCCUUGUUAUUGAGCUGGAUAAGGAUCUGUAUGGCCCUGACAACCACUUAGUGGAGUGGCACCGCACUCCGACGACCCAGGAGACCGAUGGCUUCCAGGUGAAGAGGCCUGGCGAUGUGAAUGUGCGCUGUACCCUCUUACUCAUGCUGGAUUACCAGCCUCCUCAGUUUAAGUUGGAUCCUCGUCUUGCACGUCUCCUUGGCAUCCACACUCAGACCCGCUCCUGCAUCAUCCAGGCUUUAUGGCAGUACGUCAAGACCAACAAGCUGCAGGAUUCUCAUGAAAAGGAGUACAUCAACUGUGAUAAAUAUUUCCAGCAGAUCUUUGACUGUCCUCGUCUGAAGUUUUGUGAGAUCCCCCAACGACUAACUAACCUACUGCUGCCGCCUGAUCCUAUUGUGAUCAAUCAUAUUAUCAGCGUGGAUGCAAAUGACCAGAAGAAGACAGCAUGCUAUGACAUUGAUGUUGAAGUUGAUGAUCCUCUUAAGAGUCAGAUGAAUGGAUUCCUGCUGUCCACAGCCAAUCAGCACGAGAUUGCAUCCCUGGACAACAAGAUCCAUGAAACUAUCGAGUCGAUCAACCAACUGAAGAUCCAAAGAGAUUUUAUGCUUAGCUUCUCCAGGGACCCCAAGGGCUACAUCCAGGACUGGAUCUGUUCCCAGAACCGGGACCUUAAGCUGAUGACAGAUACAGUAGGAAAUCCAGAGGAAGAGAGAAGAGCAGAGUUUUAUAACCAGCCCUGGUCUCAGGAAGCUGUCAGCCGCUAUUUCUAUUGCAAGAUUCAACAACGAAGACAGGAGCUUGAACAAGCUUUGGCAAUUCGAAACACCUAAAAUAUCUCCGUUUCAAGAAUAAGUUGACAACUAGUUUGCUUCACCUGUGGCUUGGUCACUUUUAUUCUGGUGAUAUCCACACUGGGCAGUUUUCCAUGGACAUGAAAGUAUUAGACCCCUUCUCAGAAUGAGGUUUGGACGGAUUUUUUAACCAAUGAGGGACAACAAAAGUGUAAUUGUACUUUUAUUUAAUGUAUGUUUACUGUACAGUUGAAUGUAUAUAACCUCACAGUACAAUGAAUUCAAGAAAGUGGCUUGGAAAUGCCACUUUCACACUGAUAACACACAAAUACAGCAGCUAUCUUCAUUG